AUGGCCGAAUUGAUAGUCGUCCCGUUGAAAAAAUCAUCUGAUGUAGAUAUAGUGAAGCCUUUAAAAAACUUAAUUCAAUCCACAUACAACACCGCAGAAACCAACGAAGAUUUUAGUGACGCUAUUAACGAGCUGAGUCGACUCAGGAGUUACGCUAUAUGGAAAGUGUUUGAAAAGUCGUCAUUAGAUGUUAUUUACAGCUACUAUGAUCAACUUGUGUGUCUGGAGAGGAAGAUCCCGCCGCAGGAGGUGCAGAUCCCCUUCAAAUGGAAAGAUGCUUUUGACAAAGGAUCAAUUUUUGGUGGCAGGAUGAGUCUUACCAUCAGUUCGUUGGCUUAUGAACGAGUGUGUAUAAUGUUCAACAUGGCAGCUAUGCAAAGUGCUUUGGCAGCACAACAGACUCUGGACACAGAGGAGUCAUUGAAACUCGCAGCUAAGUUGUUGCAGCAAUCUGCGGGUAUCUUUGCCUACUUGAAAGCAAAUAUAAUGCUGGUAGUACAUCAGGAGCCCACGCCCGACCUCAGUCCUGAUACACUGUCUACUCUGUCACAAGUGAUGCUGGCCCAGGCUCAGGAGGUCAUCGCAUACAAGUGUAUGAAAGACGAAAUGAAGGAGAGUAUGGUGGCGAAGGUGUGCGCGCAGUGUGAGGAGCUGUACACGGACGUGGUGCGCGCCCUGCAGAGAGACUCGAGGCAGUGGUACGACCGGGACUGGCUCCUCACGGCUCAGAGUAAACAAUCGAUCUUCCGCGGUCUCGCGAACUACUAUCAGGCGCAGGUUUGUCGCGCGAACAAAUCCUUCGGGGAGGAGAUCGCCCGGCUGAAGCUGGCGGUGGAGCUGCUGAAGGCGGGGCGGGACGGGAGCCCCGCGGCCGAGGCGGGCGUCAAGGCGGCGCGGCAGCUGGCGGCCGCCGAGAGGGACAACGACUUCAUCUACCACGAGCGAGUGCCCGAGCCGCGCGCCCUGGAGCCGGUGUCGCGCGCGCCCGUGGCCUCCGCCCUGCCGCCUCAGGAGCGCUGGGCUCCCGGGCGACAGGACCUGUUCGAGAAGCUAGUGCCUCUGGCCGUCCACCAGGCGCUGCAGGCCACGGACGCGCGCCGUGCUGACCAGGUCGGGGCGGAGAUCAACGCUCUCCGCGAGGACACGCAGCUGCUGAACAGCAUCCUGGCGUCGCUGGACCUGCCCGCCUGCAUCGAGGCGGCGGGCGGCGGCGGCGGCCUUCCCGACUCCAUACGAGCCAAGGCGGCCGCCGUCAGGGACGCGGGCGGCCUGCCGGCGCUCGAGCGACUCAUGGCCGAGCUGCCGGAGCUGUUACAACGGAACCGGGAGAUACUCACCGAGGCGGAGCGCAUGCUGAGAGAGGAGGCGGAAGCGGACGCGGCCCUGAGGACGCAGUUCGGGCCGCGGUGGACGCGGACGGAGUCGGACAAGCUGACGGAGGCGUUCCGCGCCAACGCCGCCAAGUACACACAGAUUAUCGACAACGCCGUCCGCGCGGACAGUAUCGUGCAACAGAAAUUCCAUCAGCACAAAGAGAGUAUCGAGAUGCUGAGCCGCAGCGACCGGGAGAUAGGAGCGGACGUACCUGACGCGCCGGACUCCGUGGACACGGACCGAGACGCGCUGAGCACGCUGAGGUCGCUCAUGAAGACGGUCGAGGAGCUGAAGGCGGAGCGCGACGCCAUCGAGUCCGAGCUGAAGAGUGCUACCGUGGACCUCCGGGAACAGUUCAUGUCGGCGCUGGCCGCGGACGGGGCCGUGGACGAGGCGCGCCUGUCGGCCGGCGCGCUGGGAGCCGCCCUCGCCCCGCUCCAGCGCCGCGCCGCCGCCGCACGCUCGCGGCAGGAGGAGCUCGCGGGCCGGCUCCGGGAGGCCCACGACGCGCUCAUGGCGGCCCGCGGGGGAGCCUCGGGCAGGGAGCGGGCCCUCACGAGACUCAGCUCGGCCGCGGACGCCUACCAGGACCUCACCAACAACCUCAAGGAGGGCGUCAAGUUCUACAACGACCUCACUCAGCUGCUGGUGGCCUUCCAGAACAAGGUGUCGGACUACUGCUUCGCUCGCAAGACGGAGAAGGACGAGCUGCUGAAGGACCUCACGCAGGAGGCGUCCCGCUCGUCCCCGCGCCCCGCGCCCGCCCCGCCGCAGCACCACGUGGAGGCCAACGAGCCGGCCGUGGUGGCCAAGCGUGAGCCGCCACCCCGCCCUCCCCCGCCCGCCGCCGCGCCCGCCGUGUCCGCGCCGUCUCUGCCCUACCCGCAGCAGCCUCAAGGUAUGCCGCUGCCGUACGGCGCCGCUCCGUCCCCGUACCCCGUGUACGCGCCGAUGCCCGCCAUGUACAACCCGUACGCGACCCUGCCGUACCCGCACCACCGCGGCGCCGCUCCGUCCUACCAGCCCUACCAGUACCCCCCUCCCCCGGCCGCCUUCCCCCCGCCGCCGCCCGCCGGGUACCACCCCUACCAGCAGCAGUAG